UUAACAUUGAGUAUCUCACAAAGAUUAGUACAGACAAUUAUAUUUCAAUGAAUGAGGUUUUAAAUGGUGAGAUAUUCACUCAAAAACAUCUCAAAAUAUAUAGUGCUAAGAAUAUUUGCAAUGGAAGUGUUCUCAUGCUCAGGACCAAUAAAACGCAAAAGAAAAAUACCGGUUUUAAGCAUAAAAAUUCAUGAGCUUGUUCAAUCACCGACACAGAUUUGCAUGCCAACAUCAGGUUUGUGCAUAGAGGUUGCUGUUUUAUACUCUUAUUCAGUUUUGGUUUAGCAAUUUUUUAAUCAUACGAAACUCAAACUCCCAAAAAUUGAACAAAAAAUUAUAUCAACUAGGUGACUUUCCCGUGCCCAUACACAUGUAUAAAUAUUUUAAAAUUAAUAUAAUAUAAAAAUAUUAAUAUUAUUAUUUUAAGUUUAGUUACUUUGUAAUUUAGUUAGACAUGUAAUUCAGAUAUGUAAUAUAUAGUUAAUUUCGUUAAUGUUUGGAUAUAUCGGAUUGUGUUUAUUUUUUCAAAUUUUACCAUAGUAUUUUUUUGGGCGGAGUAAAAUUUUCAAUUAAUAUUUUUCUUUACAUUUAGACUUUUGAUUUUGGGAAUAAAAAAUCUGGAUUUUUUUAAAUUGCUCAUUUUAUGGGAUAUACUGAGUUACAUAUUUCUUCAAAUUGAUGUAUAAUACUUCUGAUUUUAGUUAAACUAAAUUUGAUUAGUUUUAUUUAUUGUGUUAUCUUAGUUCUUCAUCUUAAAUAUGUACUUAUACUUUGUAAUAAUCUGAAAAAUAGAUUGACAUAAAUAACAUAUUUUAAUGAAGUAAAAACUGUUUUUUUUGUGAACUUCGUUUUUUUUAAUGAAGUAACAUUGUAUAUAAAAUAAAUGUUCAUUCUCGUACAUUUAUAAGAAAAAAGAUUUUCUUUCCUUUUUGAAAAUUUAUUUUUCGUUUUUUUAUUAUGUGAAUAUUUUUAUUAUAUAUGUUAUUGGAAAAUAUUAAAAUUGAAACAAAAAUUAAGAAAUGAAUUGACAUAAAUUACUAUAUAUUUUUAUAUAAUGGAUUAAAUAUUCCUUUCACUUGCAAUUUUAUAUAUUCACGUUAGGUAGAGAUUUUCUUUUGGAAACAAGAAAUUUUAUACUUAUCAAAAAUGUAUUAUUCCUAAUUAAUGUAGGAAAUUGUAUAGCUAUCUUACUAACUAACGUAGUAAGAUAUAUAAAUAUGUAAAUAAAUAAUUAAAGGAAACAUAUACUUUGUUAAGGCGACUAAAUUUAAUCUUAAUAAUUUAACAUUAAUUUCUAAUUAAGGUAGUAAGAUAUGUAAAUAUGUAAGUAGGAAAAAGGAAACACAUGUUUAAUUAAGUUGACUAAGAUUAAUUAUAUAUGUAAAUAUGUGACUGACGUGAAAAAAUUGUCUUUUUAUAUAAAAAUAUUUUUAAUGCAAAUAAAGUUGAAAUUUUUUAUAAUAACAAAUUAAAUUCAUUAAGGAUAUCAGAGUAAUAAACUAUCGUGAGAAUUAACAUGAGCGUGACACAUAGUAAACUGACUUCUCAAAUAAUAUUAUAGAGAUUUAUAUAAUUACAUCAUUAACAAUUAUUAUUAAUUUGUAUUUACAAGAAAUUUGACAGUUGUCUAGAAAACACUUUUCCGUUUUUAAUCUGUUGACUUACUAAUUCUUCUUAGGGCUUCUUUUAAACGUGUAUAUAUACGCAUAUUCGUUGAAAAGUAUCAGAUAUAAAUACAAUAAGCUUUGGUUAGAAUACCUAACGCUGGUUUCACAACUUUGUAAGGAACUAAUCAGACAUCACAAGUUGACAUGGAUGAAGGAAAGAUUCCAGAGAACGCCAACGAGCAUAAGCAAUAUCAAAUCCAAUCUUUCAGCGUCUUUUUUUGCUUGAGAUACUCAUGGGUUCUUUAUUCUAUGUUUUAACCUAAUAAUUGCUUUAUUGUUCUUUGUUAUGCAUGGUGAUAAUAGAUUGCCCAGGUCCCCUAGCCGAAACUGCUGGAAAGUCAGAGUCUUGCGCAGAUUGCCCUAAUCAACAAGCAUGUGCCACUGGCACUGCUCCUACGGGACCUGAUCCAGAUUUGGUUGCUAUAGCUGAAAGAAUGGCUUCCGUGAAGCACAAGAUACUGGUUCUUUCUUGCAAAGGAGGGGUUGGUAAGAGCACAUUCUCAGCUCAGCUCUCGUUUGCCCUAGCAGGAAUGGGCCAUCAAGUAGGCCUGAUGGACUUAGAUAUAUGCGGGCCAAGCAUGCCGAAAAUGUUAGGACGCGAAGGGCACCUGCUUCACUAUAGCAACUACGGAUGGAGCCCGGUUUAUGUGGAACCCAACCUCGGUGUCCUGUCCAUAUCAUUCACGCACUCCGAGUCUGAUGAUGAGCCUGCCAUCUGGAGAGGUCCACGCAAGAGCGCUCAAAUCAAAGAGUUUUUGAAAGAAGUUGACUGGGGAGAUCAUAUUGAUUACCUUGUGGUUGAUACCCCACCAGGCACCUCAGACAAACACAUCACCAUCGUCCAGUGUCUUUUAGACACGGGGAUCGAUGGUGCUAUCAUCGUUACAACUCCCCAGGAAGUCGCCAUGGCCGACGUUAGAAAGGGAGUGAACUUUUGCAAGAGAAUUGGGGUCAAUGUGCUAGGUGUAGUGGAGAACAUGAGUGGUUUAAUUCAACCGUUGAGUGAUGUCAAGUUCAUGAAGCUGACGACAGAGACCGGCUCUUCCGUUGACGUGACGCAAGACAUGAUCUCUUGUAUACGAGAGAAUGCACCUGAGCUUCUAGAUGGUGUCUUUGCAUGGAGCCAAGUGUUUGACAGCAGCGGAGGAGGUGCUGAGAGAAUGUGUGAGGAGAUGGGAGUGCCGUUUCUAGGGAAAGUUCCUUUGGAUCCACAGCUUGGCAGAGCAGCUGAGCGAGGUAAGUCAUGCUUUGAGGGUAACAAGUGUUCUGUCAGCGCGCCUGCGCUUAAGAGCAUCAUAGAGAAAGUUGUUGCUUCCAUAAAGAUGAAGGAAGACCUGAGUGGAGGAGAGAACAAAGAGACCCCAUAAAUCGAUGUGACAGCAGCGUUUUUUCUAUAUAAGUGAGAGCAGCCUUUGUUUGUGUUAAGGUGUUUUAUGUAAGUUUUUAGGCAUUACUUCACAUGUCGAACAAGAGUUUUGAACUACAACGUCUAAGAUAAAACAAACAGAUGAAAGACAGAAACAAGAAUUAGAUUUAACCGAAAUUGAAUCUAAAUAGGUAUGUACUGAAGAAAAUCUUCUCAACAUGAACCGACACACAUGUUAGGUAAUUCUUUGUAAAACCUGAUCCUAGAUAGGUGGUUUAUAUAUAUAUCCAAAAUAAAUUGGACAACAACUCAACAAGAUGUGUAUCAUGCGAACUAAGAUUGUGAAACCCGUUAUGUGAAACACCUAGAAAGUAUUCAGACUAUCUCGAUAAUUUUUGCGUGCUUCACAGAUUUCACAAUUUUGGUUUGAUAUCCAAAUUUAUCUCUAAUAGUUUACAUUUGCAUCCGUAAUUCAUGUGUACAGGCUUGUAUCUUCUUUAAUCGCAUAUUUGUUAGCCGCAAGCCUGCAACCAUCAAUCACUUUGCUUUACAUGUUAUUACAGUAUGAAAAUAGUUAUCAGUCUCUUUUUUUUUUUGUAAGCUGUUAUCAGUCUCUUUUUUAUAUUGUAAUUUCAGUCUGUUUUUAAUAAAGAAAGCAUGCAAGGUUUCGUUUCUUGAUUAUUCAGUACGAAAUUCAGGCCUAACAAUGCUACACUCAUAUGCAUGGCCAUUACCCAACACAAGCCAGCCCUGCAGCAAUUUGUAACAAACCCUUCAAAGUAUUGUAAUUUUACCUGUCUAACAACAGCUUACCUAUGAAAUUUAACGACCAAUUAACAACGAUUGUUUAUGAGGACUUUACAACGAAAGAAAAACUUUACAAAUGUAUGACUAUGCUUCUGUAAUGUCAAAAGAUUAACUAAGAAUUAUGAUUCGUUGUUAAUUCGUCGUUUUUAAUUCAUCGUAAUCCCCAGCUAAUGACAAAUGUAGCUGUCGUUAUGUGCAUGCUUUCUUGUAGUAAUAUCGCUGAAAGGUAAAAGAUUAAUUCUAAAAUAUGAUUAAAUUGCAUAUUUAAUCAUAAUCGUACUAAACAGAAAUUCAAUAAAUCGAAAAAGACACCCUUCAGUUUAGUUUAAAUUUAAACAAGCAGAAGGAAACGAUAGAUAAAUUAGACAUGAUUCUUGUUUUUUUUCUGUGUAUGGAUGAUGAUAUUAGCAAAUGGAAGUUGAUUUAUAUAGUGAUGGUAUGCAUGUAGAUAUUAAUAGAAUUGUUCAUGUCUUUUGAUAUACUGGGUGCGUAUUGUCAUUAUUACUUUUAAUGGUGAAUUUAAGAGUGUAUUGAUCAUGAUUUCAUACGUUAGUGUGUGAGCAAAUUUUCUUUAAUUAAUAAAUUUUUUGUGUUUUUUUUUUUUUGGUAAGUUGGAUGGCGAAAGUUAUAAGUAGCAGUUAUAGAAACUGCAUUUUUAGAUCAUAAUAUAUAUGCUGUGAUUUCAUAUAGUCUUAUUAUUUUUAGUUGUCGUUUGAAUUAAGAAGUAUUAACGGUAUUAUUUGUUUUAAUCGGAAUACAUAAUUUAUAAUUAUCAGAAUAUAUAUAUAUAUAUAUACAUAUAUAUACUGAUUAUUUACGAUGUAUAUUUAUGUUACGAUUAAUACACAACGUUAGGUGUAACAAAUUGGUUUUACCCACUAACAUUUAUUCCUUAAAGAUUAACACUACCGUUGUGUAUUAAUCGUAACAUAAAUAUACAUCAUAAAUAAUCAGUAUAUAUAUAUAUAUAUAUACAUUCUGAUAAUUAUAAAUUAUGUAUUCCGAUUAAAACAAAUAAUACCGUUAAUACUUCUUAAUUCAGACGACAACUAAAAAUAAUAAGACUCUAUAUGAAAUCACAGCAUAUAUAUUAUGAUCUAAAAAUGCAGAUUCUAUAACUGCUACUUACAACUUUCGCCAUCCAACUUACCCAACAAAAAAAAAAACAAAAAAAACACAAAAAAUUUAAUAAUUAAAAAAAAUUUGCUCACACACUAAC